AUGGAACAAGUUACAAGAGGACUAAAUCGACAGGCAGUCAGUGUGCCGCCGCGUGGAACUUUAGAUAUGUGGCGUAAAUACAUACAGUGGGAGAAAAGUAACCCGUUAGGAACUGAAGAAUACUCACAUUUCGCCAAACGAGUAAUAUUUGCGUACGAGCAGGCUCUUUUAUGCCUUGGCUAUUAUCCGGAUAUGUGGUACGAAGCUGCACUCUUCCGACAGCAAGCUGCCUCUGUAUUAGCUGAAAAAGGAGAUGUGAAAUUAUCAGCUUCGAUGAACACCGAUAUCACUCAACUAUUUGAACGUGCUGUGGGUGGACUUCUGAAAGAGAGUCAGCUUCUAUUUUUUGCGUAUGCUGAUUACGAGGAGGAGCGUAUGAAAUAUGAUAACGUAAAGAAAAUCUAUGAUCGACUUCUUGCGAUUGAAACUGCCGAUCCUACUCUGGCCUACAUACAACUGAUGAAAUUCGUAAGACGAACAGAAGGUGUGCAGUAUGCGCGUGCUGUUUUCAAACGAGCUCGUCAGGAUCCGCGCUGCAAGUUCCACAUAUACGUUGCAUCUGCACUUAUGGAAUAUUACUGUAGCAAGGAUACUGAUAUUGCGAUCCGUGUAUUUGAUAUGGGUCUAAAAAAGUAUGGCGAUGAGCCAGAAUACGCUCUUGCUUACGUUGAUUUCUUGUCCCAUUUGAACGAAGAUAACAAUACACGUGUCGUCUUGGAGCGCAUAUUAACAUCGGAAUUGAUGAAGCCUGAGAAAUCAGUGGAGAUUUGGGAUCGAUAUUUGGAGUUUGAGUCACAUGUUGGUGAUCUGGCGAGUAUACUGAAAGUUGAUCAGAGGCGACGUGAGGCACUCAAAGAGCAGUACGGUGAGAUGCAGACGCUGUUGCUCAUUGAUCGAUAUAAGUUCCUGAAUCUCAAAAAAUUGGGACAAGGAUCAUCAUUGAUCGGACGUGCUUCAGCUGGCACUGUAUCCCUCUCAGCGAACGGUGUCCAAGCAACAGGUGUUUUUCCGCCACCAGCUGCAGUUGCUCAGCUUAUGCAAAUGCUACCGCCUCCUUGGUGCUUCAACGGCCCGUUUGUUUCUGUGGAUCUGCUUAUGGAAAGUUUGACAAAAUUCAGUCAGUCUGGACCACCAACAGUCGAUCCAAAAGUGAAACUGGAAAAUGGCACGAUGUUUGGGAUGCAGCGAAUUGAAGAUGUCAAAAAAGAAUUUUAUCAGUUAUUAAAUACAACAACGGACCCAAAUAUCGUCCUAGCAUCAAACGAAUUUCAACAGCACUCUGCACAGAGGAAAAGGAGGGCAGCUGGUGGAGAUUCGGACAGUGAUGAAGAAACCCCUCGUUCAACUGGUAUUGUCAAAGAUAUCUAUCGGAGGCGAAUGAAUCAGAAAGUGCAUGAGUGA